UUGAUCCACAGUGUUGCAGCGUUGCGGCGCAUCUAAACUCCUCCCGGUCAUUGCGCGGACAUCAUGUGGCUAACACCAGCCCGACACUCACCGCUCACAGGGGACCCUAUAUAAGCCGUGCAGCUGUCAGGUGGAGGACACUGGCUGCUCUGUGCUCAGGGACGACUUGCUUUAGGGAAUUAAACAGCUCUAGAUCCAAACUCUAACAAUGGCUCAUGCUUGGGGAUAUGCUGCGAACAACGGACCCGACAAAUGGGCUGCAAACUUCCCUAUUGCCGAUGGACCCCGCCAGUCUCCCAUUGACAUCGUACCUGGUGGAGCAUCAUACGACUCCGUGCUGAAGCCCCUCAAACUGAAGUACGAUCCCUCCAACUGCCUUGAGAUCCUCAACAACGGACAUUCCUUCCAAGUGACCUUCGCAGAUGACUCCGAUAGCUCAACUCUGAGAGAUGGACCCAUCUCAGGAGUGUACAGACUCAAACAGUUUCAUUUCCACUGGGGAGCAUCUGAUGACAAAGGCUCCGAACAUACCGUGGCUGGGACCAAGUAUCCUGCUGAGCUCCAUUUGGUGCACUGGAACACCAAAUACCCAAGCUUCGGUGAGGCUGCAAGCAAGCCUGAUGGGCUCGCUGUUGUUGGAGUAUUCCUGAAGAUCGGUGAUGCAAAUGCCAGUCUCCAGAAGGUUCUUGAUGCCUUCGAUGACAUCAGGGCCAAGGGCAAGCAGUCCUCUUUCGCUGGCUUUGACCCUUCUACCUUGCUCCCUGGUUGCCUUGACUACUGGACAUAUGACGGCUCCCUGACCACACCCCCCCUGCUGGAGAGCGUUACCUGGAUUGUCUGCAAAGAGCCAAUCAGUGUCAGCUGUGAGCAGAUGGCCAAAUUCCGCAGCCUGCUCUUCUCUGCUGAGGGUGAGCCCGAGUGCUGCAUGGUGGACAACUACCGCCCUCCCCAGCCGCUCAAGGGUCGCCCAGUCCGUGCUUCCUUCCAGUAAUACCCCUUCCCCCCCUUUUGGCCCUUUUUGCCCUUUCUGCCCUGUUGCUCUCUCCCUUCCCCCUCCCUUUAGUCAGAGUUACCUCUUUUGCAGUGCGCCACAAAGCACACAUAUCUCUCUCCGUCCAAGUUUUUAAAGAAAUGAAAUUCCUGUGGCCCAUUGCUUUUUCACGUUGGGCGCUCUAACUGUGAUGUGAAGCACUUGCCAGAUUUGGAUCUCUGUUUUUUAAUGUAUGUAAUGAGCCAGCACAAAUUCCCUGUCAUAAUUUAUUUUACAAGAGAAGCACUUCAUGGUGGCUACGGCACCUUUACCAGGGUUCAGCAUCUGGUGCCAAUGUUUUCAGAGACCUCACACUGGUGUGUGUGUGUGUGGGUCUUCCUUGUGUCAACAAAGAAAGGAUGAAUAUGAAUUUGAGUUAAAUAAUCAAAAUGGUGCUUUAGAGCCAGCAUGGAGCAGGCAGCACAAGAUAGUCGCAGGAUGCAGGGGGGAGGGCUAAACCUACAUCACCAUCUGUGAGGAGGGUAAGGUGCAGAUCAAAGACGCAGACACAUACACUCCUGCUGCCAGUCUGUCUGUAAUCUCUGACCGACUGCCAGCCUCUGCAUCACUGCAGCUUAAUGAAAAGCUGCGGCCGCCUCCAUCACAACCGAUUGAAUCAGAAAAUCCCCCUCUGGCACACGCAAACACACAACGUAGCACGCACAGCCUCAUGCAGACAUGAUGCCUAUAGGCACUGACCUGCUUAUUGAUUUGAAUAUAGUGUAAGGCAACAAAGGACAGGCUGUUGCUAAGUGCUAGUAACCGACCACUAUGGCAAUGGAAUUAUUUUCAGCCUAAUCUACAAAUCUGUCUUGUGUUUGCCAUCCCAUGUUGUGCUGUUAUUAUUAUUAUUAUUAUUAUUAUUAUUAUUAUUAUUAUUAUUAUUAUUUUGUAUUAUUUAAUUUAGUCUGACAGCUUAUGCAAAAUAAGUCUUAACUCCUAAAUUGUGUUUUGUAACCAAAAGUUCAUCUGUGCUUUUGAUGCUCAGAUAGGAUAGCAAUAGAGAGGAGUGCUUCUCUUUUACAAAAUGUAAUGUGUGAAAUCCUUUCAUGUGUUUUUUGAGACCCCAGUGUGUCGAGUGCUCAUGCUUAAAACGCACAGUUGCCCUUGUGGGCGAAGCCAUAGUGGCCAAUCCACAAAGCCAAGGAAUAAAUUACCCUGCCAAGCAAGCCAAGGAAGAAAAGAACCUGCCAACAGAUCAGAUUGUAGUGUCAGCCUGUUGUCAGGCCCUGUAUGGAGGAAUAAUUUACUAAAGACCAUGACAGGUCCUGAAGACGUAUUGUCCUAUACCCCUGUAUGCAUUACUGAAACUAUAGAGAAAUUUGACGAAAGUGAUGUGAAAUAGAAAUUAUAAUUACCUUAAAAAAAGCGCCUUGUGCCAAAUCAAUGCUAGGGCCAUCCCAUGAGUAUGUGCUGUUGUCAUUCUAUUUUGGAAGUGGACGUUUUACUAGUACAAUAAAGUAUUUUUAUGACUAAGA